AUGAAUGUGUUCAAGUUUUCAAUUUGGCUUCUGAUCUCCCAAAACCUGCUGCUCUCCGCGUAUGCGAGGUUUGUGCUGUACAGCGGGAAUGGAAGUGAGUUCAACUCGCGCCACACGACGCCCAUCAUGUAUUUGCCGCAAGAGGAUGGGUUCGUGGAGAUGAAGCGACUCACCGUCAACUUUGGCCGACCGUUAAUGGAGCUGCUUGCAGGUGGGGAGUUUAUGAAACCUGGCACAAUGUGGUGUUGGAUCAAAGUAGACGUGGCGCUUGGACACACCGCUCUUCAGAGAAAAGACACAAGUUUAGAAUAGAGUUUAUUGAACCACCACACACAAAGAAAGAAAAUGAGAUAAUUCUAUAAUUGGCGACAAGACGUUGCUUUUAUAUGAGUUGGUUUAUGCUAAUUGGCUUGGGAAUUGUGGGGGCCUUUGAGGAUCCACAACACACAAAUUUAGAUCAAGCCUUUCCAAGACAUACGCUUUGUUUCUCUAACCAUGAGUUCUUACGUCCUACUAUACGUUGCACAUCAUCAUACUUACUAAACCGCCCUAACAAUCCCAUGAUGAUUUUAAGAGAGAAUUUGCAGAUACUUUUUCGUCAAAUAGCAACAUAUUACUCCUUGAAUAGCCUGGCUUACCCUUACUAGCGGCAGUCAAGAUAUUCAACGGCCGUGGUUUCGUGUGAGUACGCGCAAUGAGGGGAGUGGGCCAGACAAAAAAUUACGGCAGAGUGUGCGCUAGGAGUAUUGGAUGUAUCUUAAAAAUUCAAUGAAAACAGAGCACUUAAAACACGAUUUUUGAGUCAGGGCACCAGCGGUGGUCUUAGGAAAAAAUCGAUUUUGAGAUUUUUGGCUUAAAAUAGUCGGUAGCACUUGUGGAAGAAAAGCUAAAAAUAUUUUUGCCCAAUUUUGCCCGGAAGGCAUAUUUUUUUACAAAAUACGUUUUUACACUUCAAAGCCUCUGGAGGCCGAUGUGAUCCGACCACAGAGAUCAAACCUGGCAUACAGGGGUUUUUGACACCCAGGAAUCUGAAAAUCGUAGCAUUUUUACCGUCAGAUUACUGUAACAUGGUCAUACUGUAAUCCGGUCGAUAAAAAUCGACGAUAACUUCUUUAGAUCAAAAAUACCACAGGAUUUUAUUGCAGAUUCGGAAUCAGCAUAAAAUUCUGCUUCGGAUACAUGUAAAAUAUGUUCAAAAUUCCGUGGCCCAACCUCUGUAGUAUAGUGGUUGUGCGCCAGGAUUAUCAAUCUGGCGACCCAGGUUCGAUUCCCGGUGGCUGCAAAUGGCAGAAAAUAGACUAUAAAAGGGCGGAAACUUGGAAAAAAGGGAAAAUAAAUUACAGAAAAUUAAUUUUAUGCUACUUAGGAGCAGUUUAAAAGUUUUUGCAAGAAUUCCGCAUAAAUUACGGUUUUUAUGGAAAACGCCUUAUAGCUUGCCGGAAAGUGGAGCAAUCUGGUUAAAAUUUACAGAAGAGGUUACUGAGGCUUCCUACUACAAAAUAAGUUCAUUUCUGCUUAUUUCGUUAAAUUUUUGGGAUAGCCUGGAUUUUCUUUCAAAUUCGGGAUUUUAAGAAGGCGAGCUGCGGCCGAGGUUUAUCGAACGGAACAAUAUUUGACCAAAAAGUCAUAUAAGAUUCACAAAAAGUCAUAUAAGAUUCCCUAACAGCACCGGGAUCACACAGCUUGCAAAACUUAGGCCGUCUUGCGUAUCCCACGAAAAACGAAGCGCGUGGACGCUCUAAUGAUAAAUCUACAUGAAGACUCAGUUGAUAAGGAACAGAGGCUAAAUUACGGGACUGUAACAUGCGUGCUUCCUUCUGAAAACCAAAUAAUUGUUUUAUUUUGUUUUGUAUUACAUUCCUCGACGGAUUUGAAGAAUAUUGCAUAGCAAGCGUUAUCUAGAUUCACCACAACUCUUUAGUUGCCAUUUGGGGCGAUCUUACGAAUGCUGUGAGGCGUUUUCCAUAAAAACCGUAAUUUAUGCGGAAUUCUUGCAAAAACUUUUAAACUGCUACUAAGUAGCAUAAAUUUAAUUUUCUGUAAUUUAUUUUCCCUUUUUUCCAAGUUUCCGCCCUUUUAUAGUCCAUUUUCUGCCAUUUGCAGCCACCGGGAAUCGAACCUGGGUCGCCAGAUUGAUAAUCCUGGCGCACAACCACUAUACUACAGAGGUUGGGCCACCGAAUUUUGAACAUAUUUUACAUGUAUCCGAAGCAGAAUUUUAUGCUGAUUCCGAAUCUGCAAUAAAAUCCUGUGGCAUUUUUGAUCUAAAGAAGUUAUCGUCGAUUUUUAUCGACCGGUUUAUAGUAUGACCAUGUUACAGUAAUCUGACGGUAAAAAUGCUACGAUUUGCAGAUUCCUGGGUGUCAAAAACCCCUGUAUGCCAGGUUUGAUCUCUGUGGUCGGAUCACAUCGGCCUCCAGAGGCUUUGAAGUGUAAAAACGUAUUUUGUAAAAAAAUAUGCCUUCCGGGCAAAAUUGGGCAAAAAUAUUUUUAGCUUUUCUUCCACAAGUGCUACCGACUAUUUUAAGCCAAAAAUCUCAAAAUCGAUUUUUUACUAAGACCGGGCCCCACUACUGGCUGACGCAGUGACUCAAAAAUCGUGUUUUAACCAACAUAGGAGACAUGAUUUUAUUCAUAAAAAAAGUUGCAGACUGUCGCGACGAUCCCUAUUCCAACUGCGAUGCCGGCCACAUCAUGCCCAUGUGUAAUAGGGCCGUCUACAAAAAUAUAAUGCGACGAAAAUGCCGGAAAACUUGUGGAUUCUGCAAGGGAGACGACACUCCCAACCCCAAUCCCAUCCCACCCAAGGAAAGUUGCGCCGACGACAAGACGACCGACUGUCAGAAGCCGGGCGUCCGAAUACUCUGCAACAAUUCGGCGUAUCGCCGUUUGAUGGCGAAGAAAUGCGCUAGAACUUGUGGGGAUUGCACUACAACGAUGGCUACAAGCCCAGCAACCUCUCCGACGACACAAACUACAGGGACAACCACAACUACGGCUACAAGCCCGCAAACCUCUCCGACGACGCAGACUACAGGGACAACCGACUUUUUGCGGAUCAUUACAACAAUUUCAACGCCUUCGACUCCCACGACCCCGACGACGCCGUCAACGCCGACUACGCCUACAACACCGACGACUCCAACUACACAGACUACAGGGACAACCGACUUUUUGCGGAUCAUUACAACAAUUUCAACGCCUUCAGCGCCAAGCUCAGAGUCUACUGCGACUUCUCCGACCUCUCCUACAACUCCGACGACUCCCACAACGCCAACUACGCCUACGACUCCAACCACAUCGACUACUCCGACCACCCCAACGACCACCGAUGA